AUGUCAAAAACCGGAUUAUUCACAAAAAGCUGGGUUGAAAAAUCCAAAUUUGUCCCUGUACGUUUAAACGAAGAUGAACGGCGUAUUCUGGGUUUAUUAGAAGCAGCGCUAAAUGUUAUCGAGUAUACCGACCGUGUUGACAUUAUAUCCUAUACGUCGAGGACAAAACUGAUGGUGACUUACCUAUCAGAAAUGUGUAGCAUAUUGACUGGCUUAGUUGUUGCAAUGGACAUUAAACUUGGUCGAAGUCUGCUGCAAGGAAAGGACCAUGCAACGAAUGCAGAUUUCUUCAAAUCCAUAUUUGAAAUAGGACGGCGAUAUAAAAUUAUGAAUCCUGAAAAAAUGCGUACUACUUAUGGUGCUAUGAUGUACAUGUGCCAAGAUUCCAUGAUACCUGAUGUCUGUAUUCAAAUGGGCUUUGACUUUUACAUCCCCAUAAAAACCGUUUUUCGUGUACUAGAGGAGAAUAAUUUAUUAGAUAUUUUGUCUGAAAAACAGCUACUAGAUUCUACUCUCCAACAAAUAGAUCCAUAUGCUGGUGCUUCAUUACGAUCUAAAAUAAAUGAAGAACGAAAAAAAAGCAGUGAUGCAUUGCUAAAAAAAUACGCGAAAGGAAAUGAUGACAAAAAGAGUAUUUUGGAAGAUUGUUUGGUUUCGUUAGCCGACCAUGAAUCGUUUCUGAUGGCUAAUCGGGUUCCUGUUGAAAAAAUGGAUUCUUAUUUGCAUGACUUUUUCUCACCACAAGAUUCAAAGAAAGGCGGAAACUUAAAAAUUGGUUUUAUGAAUGGUGCUCGUUUAACACAUGACCAUCGGACGCAAUUCUUUUAUGUUCACCAAAGUCUGCAAUUUUGGUCUUGUAUGAUGGACCAAAUGUUUUUGCUAUGGCUUCAAAGUGAUGCAUCUCUUGUUGACAAAGAUACGAGAUAUUUCAUUUCGGAUACAGGACAGGGUCUUAACCGUGUUCAAGCAUGCCCUUUGCUACGCGCGACGGUUCAUAAAAUAUUGUCCGGAGUGCAGCAUGAGCAGGAUUUACCUUGGAUUGGUAGUUCUGCUGUUCAUUUGGGUGAUCGUGCCGUUCCUAAUGCUUUAAUGUUUAUUGACAAAUACCGUCAAGUUCCUCACAUUUUAACACCACUUGUUAAGGCUUUGCAGCAGUUAGAAUAUUUGAGGGAUCCCUUCUUGGUACAGUACAUCGAAGAAGAAUAUGGGAGCAUUAGAGGCUUACAGCAAACUUUACUACUGGAUUUCUUUAAACAUGCAUUCGAUGGACGCGGAGCUGAUAAUUGGUACGACGCUGGCAGCUGUAUUGACGGUCGUCUAACCAGCGCUUGGAAUUGGACAAACGAGAUUUCCAAGAAAAAAUAUUAUCGUAUCCUUCUCAUGUCUGGUUUCCUAAAUUUCGAGGGUAUCUAA